AUCUCAGUAACCACCCAAAGAGUGUGACCCUCUCCUCUCUCUUACUUCUUCAAAGAAUACAUAAAUAUGUGUUGAAUUAUCAAAAUCUGUGUGAGAAAUCGGUGAGACAACCGAUUAAUCAGAUCGUUGGAAGAAGAAAGGCGUUCGAUCAAAUUCAAAUCAUCAUAGAUACGUACAUUCGUUCGCAAUCCUGCUGCGAGAGUCCUCCAUUCAUUGGAGCUUUCGCAGCAGCAGAAAUCAUGUAUUUGUUCGAUGCGAAGUCCGAUCUCAUACGGUACAGAAACCGCUGGAGUUGAUAGCCGAUCUGUGUUUUUCAGGCGAUCUGGACGUGAAACGUGAAGCGCGCUUCUAUUGUUGGUGAUGAUGGUAUGCAGUAGUAUCUCCGUUUCCAGCCAGCCAACGACCCCAAACAUCCUUAACCGGUCAAUCUCAAGUCAAAACUUAAGACAACAUGCACGAAUUCGAAGAGCACACUCCGACAACAAUUUAUGUUAUUCUGCUAAUCAUGUUCAGGCGUCGAUGAAUCAACCCAAGUUGAAAAACAGCCGUUCGGUUGGGAUUUUCAACUUAAAUCUAUCGAGUUCGUUUAUCCCAAACUCACUUAAGACAUUGCUAUUCGAUCCUGACACAAGCACAGGUAUGGAUACAGAUACAGAUACAGAACGGGGAGAUGAAGUGGCAGAUGUUAGUGACGUUGAAAUGACGAAAGAAGAGAAAAACCGGGCUAAUUGGAUUGAGAGGCUAGUGGAAAUUAGAAGCCGGUGGGUUCAGAAACAAAAUAACGAACUCGAUGGUGAAAACGGAGAAGAGAAAGGAUGUGAUGAAGAUGGAAAUGGAGAGGGUUGUGAGGUAGAUUAUAGCGAUGAUGAAGACAACGUAAUCGUUAAUCAGGAAACAUUCUCGGGAAUGUUGAAACAAGUUUCUUGGUCUGAUACAAAGCAGUUUUCACAAUUGGCUUUCCUUUGUAACAUGGCCUAUGUUAUUCCAGAGAUUGAGGAGGACGACUUGAGAAGAUACUACGACUUGACAUUUGUAACAUCUUCAUUGGAGAAGAAAGUGUCGGCCCAAGAGAUUCCACGCGAGUUGAACAGCGUACCGGUGACUGCUUCAACAAACAACCAGAGGCCCGAAAAGCAUACAACUCGUACUUCUGCGUAUGAAAUAGCGGCCUCGGCAGCAACAUAUGUACAAUCCCAAGCAGGUGGACUGAUCAACCUUGAAUCCGACCCGCUCGCUGAGGAAGACGAUGACAUCACAGAUCCUUCUUCAAGAGUUUAUAAUUCGGAAAUGGCGGCGUAUAUGGCGGCUUCUACUAUGACAGCAGUAGUUGCAGCACCUGAGAAAGAAAAACAGGAGGCUGCAAGGGAUCUUCAGUCACUUCAUUCAUCCCCUUGUGAGUGGUUUAUUUGUGAUGAUUCGAGUAUAUACACUCGGUGUUUUGUCAUCCAGGGUUCGGAUUCGGUGGCAUCAUGGCAGGCAAAUCUCUUCUUUGAACCGACAAAGUUUGAGGAAACAGGCGUGCCAGUUCAUAGGGGAAUUUACGAGGCGGCAAAGGGAAUAUACGAGCAAUUCAUGCCACAUAUUCAAGAACAUCUUAACAGAUAUGGUGAAAGAGCAAAGCUCCAGUUUACAGGUCAUUCUCUAGGGGGGAGUCUCUCUCUACUAGUUAAUUUGAUGUUAUUGACCAGAAAGGUGGUCAAACCGUCGGCUCUAAGACCAGUAGUCACCUUUGGUUCACCAUUUGUGUUCUGUAAUGGUCAAAAGAUUCUUGAUCAAUUGGGCCUUGACGAGAACCACGUUCAUUGUGUCAUGAUGCAUAGAGACAUUGUUCCAAGAGCGUUUUCAUGCAAUUACCCAAAACAUGUUGCUCAAUUACUUAAAAGGUUGUGUGGUACCUUUCGCUCUCAUCCAUGCCUCAAUAGAAAUAGUAUUCUAUAUACACCAUUGGGAAAAAUGUUCAUUCUCCAACCAGAUGAAAAGUCAUCACCACAUCAUCCUUUACUCCCGGCUGGAAGUGCGUUAUAUGUUAUGGAGAAUACAAACCGAGGUUUAACUAAAACUGCUAUUCGGGCCUUUCUAAAUUCCCCACAUCCAAUAGAAACCCUACAACAUCCGACAGCCUACGGUUCAGAUGGCACAAUCCUUAGAGACCAUGACUCAAGCAACUACCUAAAGGCAGUAAACGGGAUCAUAAGACAGCACACAAAAACAUUCAUAAGGAAACCUAAACAACAGAGGAACUUGUUGUGGCCGUUACUGACCUCACAAUCUCCACAUUAUUGGAGUCAAGAAACAAAAGUCAAAGAAAAGCAGUUGACUGUUUCGGAUCAAAGGAGGUUGGUUACUACAGAGGUGGCGUGAAAUCAAAUGCGUUAUGUAGCGAGAGUGGAAACUAGAACUAACCUAAAUGGGGUGAUGUUCAUAAGAAGUUUGGCUUCAAAUUUGUUCACCUAAUUAUAUUAUUGUAAAUUGUGUUAUUAUAUUAUGUAUUUACUAAUAAACAUAGUGUGAAUAGCCCUAUAGUUGAUUAGUUUGUUCAUAUAUUA